AAUGAACAAGACUAAUCAGAAAUACUCUCGCUCAAUUCAUCCACGUUAUUGUCAAUAAUAUCAUAACUGUGCAUUAAUUGAAAUAAUAACAUCAGUACUUAAGUUUUAAGACCAUAUCCUUGACAUUAAGACUUAAAAGGAAAUACUUUUUUUUUCAUUGAUAAAAUUAGAUCACCUUAGUUUAUAUCUCCAUCUUGCUCCGAAAGUGUACUACCUUAGAUAAUCAUUAGAAUCUCAUACUCAAUUCAUGUGCGAAUAAUUUUGAUUCUC